UACCCGAUGGAUUGAGGGAUCAAGGAGGGCAGAACAAAAUCUGGGCUGUAGAGGAAGAGAGACAGUGGGGAAUGAGGUUCUGAUUUGCUGGGCCUGAAAUCCAGAGUGGGAAGCAGUUAUUGAAGUGCUCUUUGGACCUUCUUGGGGAGCAGUGCUGAGGAGCUGCCUCUGGCUUGGUGUGUGAGGAAAGCAGACAUGAAGCUCCUGUCGUUGACUUUGCUCUUCCAGCUCUUCGCCUGGGUCAUCUUGGCCAAGGGGGCUGCUCUCAACCGCAUGGAAGAGGAAGAAGCUCUGGAUUUCCUGCUGCAGUUUGGAUACUUACAGCAGCCGCUAGAACAGUCCUCCCAUAAAUUCACAGAAGAGGAGAUCGAGGUUGCUUUGAGAGCUUUUCAGCUUGCUUCAGGACUGCCAACCACUGGGCAGGUGGACAUGGCAACCCUCUCCCAGAUGAGGCAGCCCCGCUGUGGUGUGGAUGACCCCUUCAAUGAAAAGACCCUCAAAUAUCUCCUCUUGGGUCGCUGGCACAAGAAACAUCUAACUUACAGGAUCUACAGUUACAGCAAAGACUUGGGGAUUCCUGCCACACGCACUGCAAUCCAGGCAGCAUUCAAGUACUGGAGUGAUGUGACCCAGCUCACUUUCCAGGAGGUGCGGACUGGCCGUGCUGACAUCCGUCUGUCUUUCCAUGGUGCUUCUCCUUGGAGCUGCUCACGGUCCUUUGAUGGACCCGGUCAUGUAUUGGCCCAUGCAGAUAUCCCAGAAUUGGGAACAGUCCACUUUGAUUCUGAUGAGUACUGGACAGAAGGGACUUCCCGUGGGAUUAACCUCCGCAUCAUAGCAGCCCACGAGAUUGGCCACGCGCUGGGCCUGGGUCAUUCUCGGUACUCAACUGCACUCAUGGCUCCUUCUUACGAUGGCUAUCGGCCCCACUUUCGCCUGCAUCGGGAUGACAUCGAAGGCAUCCAGGCCCUGUAUGGUAAGAAGAACCUGUCAACAACUGUACCUGAGACCACCCCUGCCCUCUCUACUGCCCCUGCAGGCACCCUGAAACCUAGCACAGUCCCUGAUCCCUGCAAAGAUGAACUGGACGCUAUCAUGUUGGGAUCACAUGAUAAGACAUAUGCUUUCCAUGGUGAUUAUGUGUGGAUGGUGACCGAUUUUGGAACCAACCCUCCAUUGAAGAUCUCAGCAUUGUGGAAGGGUCUGCCUGGGAGGCUGGAUGCCGCUGUGCACUCUCCCCGUACGGGGCGCACUUACUUCUUCAAAGGCACUAAAGUAUGGCGUUACCGGGGAUUCAAGCUGGAUUAUGGUUACCCCAAACCCCUGACUCGUAUCCCCCCCAAGAUAGAUGCUGCUUUCUAUUGGCCAGUAAAUAAGAAGAUAUUCUUAUUUAAGAAUACAGAGUACUGGCAAUGGAGUGAACUGGGGAGCCAUUUUGUUAAUAUCCCUAGAAAAAUCUCCACCCUCUUCACCGGGGCUCCAACACAUCUGAAUGCUGCACUAACCUGGGAGAACGACAAGGUCUACUUUUUCAAGGGACAGAGAUACUGGAGACUCAAUGACCAGCUUCGAGUAGAGAGGGGCUACCCGCUAAGCACAGCUGAGCGCUGGAUGAACUGCUGAUGUUUAGAGCAAUGCUCUGGCUUGCAACUUUCAGAGACAGGCCCUUCUCUGAGCAAUGAGAUGUGCUGUUGUUGUUGUUUUAAGAGACCCCACAGUGACACCUACAGGUGAUGGACAAUUCUUCCGAAUGGGACCAACUUGGGCAGAGGAGCAAAGAAAACCACUCAUUUUGUGGAAACUCCGUUUCUGCUGAGCUUCUUCAUUGCAGACAUAUCUACCUUUUUUAAAAAAAAAAAUGCUGGAUGUCAAAAAAAUAUCCAGAUGAUCUCAGAGGCAACAUAGCUGCAGAAAGGACUAGCCCAGUUUCAGGAUUCAGGAGACCUUGGAGACUGUACCUAAGAAGUCAGUCGGUAGAAUAAUAAUAUAACAUGAGAGGGUUUUUUUUAAAAAAAGAGAACUUUAAGGGUAUUUUAGAUGUAUCAUUCCUUGUUCUAUGGCGGUGUCUAGUCAAAUAGAGCUGCAAAGUUUUAGAAUAUUGAUGGUUCAGUUAUUUGUAUCUCUAUCAGAAGAACAGCUAAGAUUU